AUGCCGACUAUUUAUGAAACAGACAGCCUCGACGAAGCUAUUAAUAUUGUUCAAGAUGAGAACAAACGAUACCCGUUUAUUCUACAUAAAUUCGAUAUUGGUUCAUGUCAAGAAAAAUGGACAAGUGAUUAUUUAGCAUCAGAAAUUGGUUCAAAACCAGUGAGAAUACAUGUUUCACAAGAUUCAAUGAUGGAUUUUGUUCGGAAAAAUUUUACUUAUGAAACUUUACCGUUCAAUAAACUUAUUCAUCGAUGUGAACAAACAAUAAAUGAUGAAUAUUUUCUUGCAUCUCAUGAACGUUAUUAUUUUCGAGCACUUGGUGAUAAUCAACGAACAGAUAUUGCUAAUAUAGAAAAACAUUUUCCAUCGAUUGCCAACGAUAUCAAAUAUCCACCAUUAUUUUCAUCAGAAAAUUUUUUUUCAAGUGUAUUUCGUAUAAGUUCAGCUAAUACUCAAUUAUGGACUCAUUAUGAUAUAAUGGAUAAUAUUCUUAUUCAAGUACAUGGUACAAAACGUCUUAUUAUGUUUCAACCAAGUGAUAUUGAUUAUCUUUAUAUUGAUGGAGAUAAAUCAUUAAUAAAUAAUAUUGAAGAACCAGAUUUUGAAACAUAUCCACUUGUUCGUCAAGCAACAUAUUAUACUGGAAUCUUACAACCAGGAGAUUGUCUAUUCAUUCCUGCUCUUUGGUUUCAUAAUGUAAAAUCCUUGGAUACCUAUGCAAUAUCGGUAAAUGUCUUUUGGCGUCAUUUAAAUAUUGAUUUUUAUGAGCCAAAAGAUUUAUAUGGUAAUAAAGAUGUUGUUCCCUUUAGUCGUACAAUAGGUCAAUUAGCUAAAUCUUUAAAUGAACUUGAUAAACAAUUACCAUCUGUUUAUGUUGAUUUUUAUGUUAGACGUUUACGUUGUUACCUUGAUAACUAUAUAAAAGAAUAUGAAAAAAAAAACUAG